AUGGUCAGAACUCGGCAACUUAAGCGGGGAGAGGUGACUUACUCCUGGGCGAAGGAGGAGAAGGCUAAUAUGCUCAUCGCUCUUGAGGACAAUGACCAAACAAACCACCAACUCGCUCAUUUGUAUCGUCAUUCCGCCUUAGUGGAGCAACUUGCCGCACACCACCUGAACUCCGCUGUCGCGCUAGAAAUCGCGGUUGAUGCUGGAGUUACUCUAUGUUACUUUAUGUUAAUGUUCAGAUCUGCUGGGGCGGCGGCGAUGAUGAUGAUCCCUUGGGGAAGCGCAAACGAAAUAAUUUGGAUUACGCUUGUAGGUCUUGUCUGCGGAGCAGGUCCUGCAAAGUGCCACUGUAAAUGCGGCAAGUCUGCUUUGGCAGGAGAAGCUCUUAGCUCAGGUUAA